AUGGCAGAAGGAGCAGAUGGAAGCAAGAAAAAGAAAAUAAUAAUUGUAGCAGGCAUAGUCGCUGCUUUGAUAGUGGCAGGUGGUGUAAUAUUCUUUAUAUGUAAGGGUAAAGCCGGAGAUCCUUCAAACGAAAAUUCUCCAUCGGGUGAACCGACCUCUAAACAAGGGAACUAAACGGAAAAUGAAAUUCUAGCUAAAUAAAGUGUACUACAAUAUAACUUUUAGGCCAUCUAGUUUACUUAAGAAAUUCAAUUAUUUAUCCGGCUAUAUAAAUAGACAGUCACCCCCCUGAUUAAAUUAUAGCCCAGGCCGCUUGCAGUCUAUUCCCUC